AUGGCUAUUACUGUUGCUGCUGUUGGUGUUAUUAUUAUUAUUAUUACAAUUCCCAACCAGCCGGCCAUCUACUCUCUGCCCCCUCCCCCCGGAGCUAGGCCUGCAUCUUUUGCCUGGGGUCGGGGUGGGGCGGGUCUUAGCCGGGACCCUGGGUGGGGGGACCUGGGGAUAGACUCUCGCGUCUGCUCUCCCCCUUCGCGGCGCGCUUCCCCGGCAGAGCUGGGGCGGCGGGUCCCCCGGGGCCGCCGGGGCUGGCGGGAGGCCGGGAGGAGCAGCCGUCGACGCAUCCGCCGCCGCCGCCGCCGCCGCAGGAGGCGGAGCGCCGCACCUGGCGGCGGGUCCUCGGCGCUCAGCCCUGAAACGGGUCCAGCCGGUAGCGAGCGGCGGAGGCCGGGCCAGAGGAGGAGGAGGAGAGAAGGUCGCGCCGGCCGGUGUGCUCGGCUCGCCGCUCCCGGUGCCCCCACCGGCCCGCAUCCCUCCGCCGCGCCCCGCCCCGCCGCAGCCCCCGAGGAACCAGUGAACCGCCCGAGAUGUUCAGCGCCGUCGCGAGAGCCGCCGCCCCGGCGCCCGGAGCCGCCGCCCCGCGCCCGGGGGAGAUGGCUCCCCGCGCCCCGCGCAGCUGAGCUCCCGCCGCCGCCGCCCGCCCGCCCGCCGCAGGUGAGUCGGGGCCCGGCGCGCGGGGGAAGGGGGCGCGCUAGGCGGGGCGGCGGGGUAGCCCCACCCUGGGCUCCCCUGCAGGGGCCGGGCCCGGCCGGAGGGCGAGGAGUCCCCUGCGGCGCGCACACCUGCUGUCGCGGAGGGGCUUCCGAGGAGGGCCCCGGCGUCAGGGCGUGGGGGGAGGUGUCUCCGCUCCCAGCCCCGCUCGCCCGCUACUGCCUCCCUCCCCUUGGACCCGAGUCGGUUGUCAUCUUUUGGGGCGCUGAGGGCAGCUACAGCCUGCACCCCCGGUGCGCCCGGCGCGGGCAGCACUUCCGCAAACGUAACUGCAGUGGGGAAAACAAAGGCGCUGCCCAAGGAAGCCGUCGCCGCCAGCAGCCAGGGUGCCGGGUGAGGGUUGCGCCCCAGUGUCCAGGCCCUUCUCGGCCCGGCCGCACUCGCGCCCUAGUCAUAACCGUCCUCGGGAGAAAGAGGGAGGCGAGAACACCAGACAGUCCGAGUGCAGGGACGUAG